ACACAAACACACGCACAGCAUUGCACGUUAAGCUUCAAAAGUGAAAAGAAGCCGCACAGCUUUCUGGAAGUAGAGACUGCAGCAUCGAUCAGCCCAGCCUACUCCCGAGAGGCAGAGGAGAGACACUGUAACGGAGCGCUUCACCUGCAGUAACGCUGAUGGAGAUGGUUCUUUUCAUCGUGAUGGUUCUACAUCUAACAGGAGGCAUGUCUGCACUGCCUGACCAAUACAGCAGAGCCGUGGAUUGGCUUAGCAGGUAUGGUUACCUCCCUCCUCCCGACCCUCGUACCAGCAGGCUGCAGACCAAAGACGGGAUUGAAAACGCCAUCCGUGUCAUGCAGAGAUUUGGAGGUCUCCCGGAAACGGGAUUGCUGGACAGGAAAACUCUGAAACUCAUGUCUACACCGCGAUGCUCCCUUCCUGACAUUGUUGAAGGAGAAGAUAUGAGGAGGAGGAGGAGGCGCAGGAAAAGAUACGCCCUGUCAGGCCUUAAGUGGCAUAAGACAGACCUCACAUGGAGCGUCCACAGCUACCCCAAACCCUCACAAGGUCUCAGCAACAGUUUGGUGGAAAACCUGCUCUUUCAUGCCCUCAAAGCCUGGAGCGAUGCCGCCCCACUCAAUUUCCAACAGCUACAGGGUGACAGCAGGGGCGCCACAGCCGAGGGGGACAUCAAAGUUUCUUUUUCUCGCUUGCUCCACGAUGAUGGAUACCCUUUUGAUGGCCUGGGGGGCACGCUGGCCCACGCUUUCUAUCCUGGGGUGGCCCAAGUGUCCGGUGACACUCACUUUGAUGAUGAUGAGAGCUGGAGCUUCGGAGGUGACAGCAGCACCACAGACUUGUUCACAGUCGCCGUGCACGAGUUUGGCCACGCGCUUGGCCUGUCGCAUUCGUCCUCUGAUCCGUCUAUCAUGAGGCCAUACUACCAGGGCUCUGUGGGGGACGUUUCCACCUUCAAACUGGCCCUGGAUGACAGACUGGCUAUCCAGCAGCUGUAUGGCGCAAGAGACGGCGGGCAGCAGGAUGGCAAAGAUCCCCACCUCCCCCAUCUGCCCACCCUGCCUCCCCCAAGACCAACACAGCAUUCUGAUCCUUCCCUUCAGGAGCGGUGUCAGGGAGGCUUUGAUGCAAUCGCAAACAUCAGGGGGGAGGUUUUCUUUUUCAAAGGUCCUCAGUUCUGGAGAAUUCAGAGAGACGGGUCUUUAGUGUCUCUAAAGCCGGGGCAGAUCAAAAACUUCUGGAUCGGCCUUCCUCCAGAGAUAAAGAAGAUCGAUGCAGUUUAUGAAAGACGUGGUGACGGCAGAAUCAUCUUCUUCAUCGGUUCUCAGUACUGGGUCUUCAAAGACACAGAGGCCAUGAGCGGGUACCCUCGACCGCUUUCCGACUGGGGCAUGAGGACAGAAAGUGGGGCCCCGGUGGAUCGUGUGGAUGCAGGCUUUGUUUGGGCCCACAAUGGCAAAACCUACCUGUUCAGUGGAGGAAUGUUCUGGAGGUUCGACGAGAGCCGCAAAGAUGAUCAGGCCGCCUCGCUUCCAGAGCCGGGUUACCCGCGUGACAAUGGCCUCUGGGAAGGAAUGCCCAAUCACAUGGACGAUGUAAUCAGCUGGGGAGAAGGAGAUGCCUAUUUCUUUAAAGACAACAUGUACUGGGUGCUAACCAAUGGAGGAUUGGCCCAAGACGUCGUCACGCCUAAAUCCACGGCUGUGGACUUCCUGAAGUGUCCGGCUCCUCCCUCAAAGCCAAGCCCCCCAAGUCCUCGAAACCCCAAGAAAUGUCAUUGUGACUUCAACAGAUCUCAGUCCUCAAGAUGCAGCUGGAUUUUACUGAUUCUUGCUGUGUUGGUGGGAAACCUGGUUUUUUGAAUGUUUACCAGCUGAUUUUUUGGGUGUGUUACUUCGCCAAAGGGUUAAUAGAAACUCGUUACUUCAUAGAAGUGUUUGAUUUCCCUCAGUGGUUUAAAAUUACAUGAAACCGCCUGUGCAAAAGACUGUAAAGCCAGGAUUCUGUAGGUUCUCUGUCUUAUCAGAAGAAAAAUCCUCAACUCAGUAGUUAAUAACGCUUCUCUGCACACUGGAAGUGGUUCUCUGGUCCAAAAAUAAAACUGUACAUAAUUUUAUUUCACUAGGCAGAACACUGGAUAGUUCCUCCACACAGGAAGCUCGUAGGUAACCACAUUCUGAAGGAAGCAGAGAUCCAUCAGACUAUUUUUGUUCCAUAAUAAGAAAAGUGGCACCUAUGCAAUUAUUAAAAAUAAACGGUGAAUGCAGACUAUGAUAUGAUUGACAUUGAGAGGUUUACUUGUUUGCUGUUGCCUCAUAUUCAGGUGCAAUAAUCAGAUUUUAUUUACAACGUACACGUGAUGUAAAGUUGGGUUGUUUUAACUUUCCUGUUAAUUAUCAUCAAAAGUGUCAAGGUCUUGUAUCAUAAUUAUGUGUUUUACUUUGAUUUAAACCAAGUGUUUAUUUUAAAGAGUUACAAAAAAAAUAGUAUUUCUUGGGACAAAAAAGCAAAAAUAAAGAUAUUUUAUAUCUCAGUAUGUAGUUUAAUUUUUGGUUUUGCAUUCAAGGAGUCAGAUUUUUGUUUUGUUUUAAUCUCAUGGCAGUUUUCUUAAUUUAUUCUCCAUCCACAACCAUUUUGCUUUAUGAACCACCAAAUAUUCUUAAAGUUAGUGCUUUUAUCCUUCAUAGGCACAUGGUAAGUGAUUGAGCAAGCCUCAACUAUAGAACAUAUAAAAAAAAUAUUUUCCAGGAGAGGAGGUUGAAAGAAGAAGACUAAAAGUGAACAAAAAAUCAUUUAAAACGGAAAUAUUGUACUUUUCGUAAUUUCUGGAACUUCAGAUUUUUUUGGAAGCAAUUUAGGGGUUACAGAAGAAAAAUGCCACCUAUUACUGAAGCAAUCAGUGUACUAUAAAUAACUAAAGUCAUCUUCUUUCUACUCUGUCAUUAAAAGAACAGUAAUUGAUCUUGA